AUGGGCCAGAUCUUCUUGACAGACAUCUUGGAAGAGGGAGACUUUUUGUCAGAACGGCGGAAGUUACUUCGUCACCGUGCUGGCCUGACAGACAAGGACAGGAAGAAGGUGCCCAAGUUUGAGUUCAUCAUGGUGGAUUCCAAGAAAGCGAGCAUCAGCAGCCGAGUGGAAAGCGAUCUGAACUUCUCAACUGUCUUGCAGUACCUGGCAUCCUUUGCGCAUGACUUGCCACAGCCUGUUGAAGUGAAGGAGGCAUUGACCUGGGCCUCUCUUCACUACCGCUUGAACCCAUGGAAAGAGCAUAUCUUUCAUGAGGCUUGGGCACAAACAGAAGGAGGGCUGUUGAGGGGUGCAGCCGCUUACUGCAUGGACCGUUUCCAGCGGUAUACAUGUUCCAGGCCAGGCUAUACUGUUCUGAAUUGGGGAUAUGAAUUUGGUGUCUCUUUUCCAUUGGAACAUGGAAAUAGUCAUUAA